AUGACGUCACUUCCGGGUGAUGUCAUCGUGCCGGCGAUGUUGAGGCAGGUUUGCCCCAGUGGCCCAAUUGUGGUGCCCAAGUUCUACCAGCACAUGCUGUCCUUGGCAUUCGCCAUAAACGAGAUCAAUGAGAAUCCCAUGAUCUUGCCCAACGUCACACUGGGGUUCCAUGUCUGUGACAGCUACUAUGAUGCAAAGAUGACCUAUCGGACCACUCUGGAGCUGCUCUUCAAAUUACACAGAUUUGUCCCCAACUACAAAUGUGACAAAGAGAAAAACCUCAUAGCAAUCAUUGGGGGACUAGGCUCUGAUAUCUCCUUCCACAUGGCAGAUAUCUUACACCUUUACAAAAUCCCACAGUUUACAUAUGGUUCAUUUGCUUCAGAAGAUGGUAAUACACGACAGUCCCCAUCCUUUUACCGCAUGGUCCCCAAUGAAGCCCAACAGUAUGUUGGAAUUAUCCAUUUAUUGAAGCAUUUUGGAUGGAUGUGGAUUGGGCUAUAUGUUGUGGAUGAUGAGAGUGGAGAACAUUUCUUGCAGGUCCUGGAGCCACUGUUUGCCCAGCAUGGACUGUGCUCUGCAUUUGUACAAAGAAUUCCAAGACAAACCUAUUUGACAGACUUUUUUGAAAUCAACGAGAUGGUCAUCAAUAUCUAUCGACCUUAUACAGAUGCUAAAGUCAAUACGUAUGUCCUCCAUGGAGAAACUUUCUCCAUUUCAUGGCUGAGCUACUUUAUGCUUCUUGGAGCUCCUGGACACAAAGAAAAUGCAUCUGAUGGAAAGCUAUGGAUUAUGACGGCCCAGAUUGAUUUUGCUUUGACAAGCCUUCAAUCGGUCUCGGAUCUGCAGAUGUUUCAAGGUGCCAUUUUCUUUACGAUUCAUUCCACUGAGCUUCAAGGGUAUCAAAAUUUCCUUCAGCUGAUCAAGCCUUGCUGGACUGAAAGAGAUCAUUUCCUCAAGAGCUUCUGGGAGCAAGCAUUCAACUGUUUUUAUCCAAAUUGCAGCCUGCCAAUAAAAGUUGAUGGGACAUGUACUGGGGAGGAGAGGUUGGAGAAUCUUCCAGGGCCUCUUUUUGAAAUGCGCAUGACUGGCCACAGCUAUAGUAUCUAUAAUGCUGUCUAUACUGUGGCACAUGCUUUACAUGGCAUGUACUCCUCCAGAUACAAUCACAGAACAUUGGUGGGUGGCAAAAAAGACAACCUUCAAGACCUGCACCCUUGGAAGCUCCACUCAUCUCUUCAAGAUGUUGCAUUUAACAACUCGGCUGGAGGAACUGUGUCUUUUAAUGUAAACAAAGAAAUGAGAGCUGACUUUGAUAUCAUGAAUCUGGUGACAUUUCCAAACAACUCCAUCUUAAGAAUGAAAGUUGGAAGACUUUAUAACAGUGUUCUGGAAGGCCAAGAAUUCAGCAUUGAUGAGGAUAUGAUUGUGUGGCCCAGACGUUUUAACCAGGUGCUGCCGGUUUCUCUGUGCAGUGGUUCCUGUCACCUUGGUUUCCAGAAACAAAAGCUAGAAGGGAAGCCAUUUUGCUGCUAUGAUUGUGUUCGAUGCCCAGAAGGGAAGAUUUCAAACCAGAAGGACAUGGAUGACUGUAUCAAAUGUCCAGAGGAUCAGUUUCCAAGUGAGGACAAAAGCCAGUGCAUUCCCAAGACAAUCAGCUUCCUCACUUAUGAAGAACCUCUAGGGAUAUGUUUAGCUUCGCUUGCUGUUUCUUUUUUCCUGACCACAGCCAUAGUGCUAGGAACUUUCAUUAAGCACAAAGAUACCCCCAUUGUUAAAGCAAACAACCGGGAUGUUACCUCUGCUCUCCUGAUCUCCCUCUUGCUCUGCUUCCUCUGUUCUUUGCUGUUUAUUGGGCGACCUAGGAAAGUGUCUUGUUUCCUCCGACAAUCUGCUUUUGGCAUCAUCUUCUCAGUGGCUGUUUCUUGUGUCUUGGCCAAAACCAUCACUGUGGUGGUAGCAUUCAUGGCCACCAACCCAGGGUCUAGCAUGAGGAAAUGGGUGGGGAGAAGACUGGCCAACUCCAUUAUUCUUUCCUGCUCAUUUACUCAAAUAAGCAUUUGUAUAGCAUGGCUUGGAACUUCUCCUCCUUUCCCAGAUUAUGAUAGACACUCAUUGACUAAAGAAAUCAUAGUAGAAUGUAAUGAAGGAUCUGUUAUUAUGUUCUAUACUGUCCUGGGCUACAUGGGACUUCUGUCGACCAUAAGCUUGACUGUGGCUUUCCUUGCUCGAAAACUUCCAGACAGCUUUAAUGAAGCCAAGUUCAUCACCUUCAGUAUGUUUAUAUUUUGCAGUGUUUGGCUGUCUUUUGUUCCAACCUACCUCAGCACCAAAGGGAAGUACAUGGCUGCUGUGGAGAUCUUCUCUAUCUUGGCCUCCAGUGCUGGGUUACUGGCUUGUAUCUUUUCCCCUAAAUGCUACAUUAUUCUUCUAAGGCCAGAAUUAAACAAGAGGGAGCAGCUAAUUAAAAGGAAGAAUUAA